AUGGACGAAGCAACGCUGCGGUCGAUGCUGCCUACGGGCUUUGGCGCGCAAGCUACGGACGCAGUUUCUCUAUCUGACUCCGAUUCCGACUCUGAGCGCGAGUAUUUGCCCACAGAGACGCAGGACGAGGAGCCCGUACCUGAAAAAUCGCCGUCGCCCAAGCCAACGCACGAUCCGAACGGUGGCAGGACUGCUGAGUUUGCAGGACUUCCGCUUGCGGAGCGUGUGGCACUACGUGAUCAUGCCAAGACUGUGUCAGCGCUAGCGAUUGACGUGUCCGGCACAAGGAUUGCAUCCGGCGCGCACGAUUAUCAAGUGCGGCUGUGGGACUUUGGUGGCAUGACCAGCGCCUUCCGUCCUUUUCGCAUGUUUGAACCGGCAGAAAACUACCCCGUCGUGGCCUUGGAUUUUUCGCCUGUAUCGCGUAAUUUGCUUUGUGUUAAUGCGACCACACAGCCGCGUGUGUACGACUUCCAAGGCGACCAGAUUGCCACGUACCGCAAAGGCGAUGUGUACAUGCGCGAUAUGAAACAUACUACGGGGCACGUAAGCGAAAUGUCCGCGGGAAUGUGGCAUCCAACCGAUGCUUAUACCUUUCUAACGGCAGGCACAGAUAGCACCGUGCGCAUUUGGGACGCCGAGCGCGAAGAAAGCCAGAAAUCGGUGCUCGUCGUGCGCUCCAAAGUGCGCGGCACAAAAACCAAGGUCACCACGGCGACGUAUACCCCCGACGCACGCAUAAUUCUUGCCGCAGGCCUGGACGGUGCACUGUACCUGUGGUCCACAAGCAGCAGUUUCGCCCGCCCCCAUGCCACAGUCGAGCAUGCAUGCGCGCCGGGCACUUGGACCUCGAGCAUUGCCGUAUCGCCCGAUAGCCGUUUUGCAGCGACGCGCGCGAAGGAUAGCGUGAAACUAUGGGAUCUGCGCAGUAUGCGGCAGCCGCUGGCGUCGCGUGAUGAUGUUCCAAGUGGCGACGACCAAGCAAACCUCGUCUAUUCUCCAGAUGGAAAGCAGCUGCUUGCCGGCACAGCAGCGGUGCCGAACGCGUCAUCCGACGAAGACAGCCUAGCGAGCAGCUUUGGACAAUUAGCGGUGUUUGACGCUGCUGAUCUAUCUGUCCAGCAUGUGCAUCACGCGGCAGAUUCAAGCAUUGUCCGUGUUGCAUGGCAGCCGCGGAUCAACCAAGUGCUUGCAUCGACACGCGACGGCGCCAUCCUUGUAUUCUAUGAUCCCGAAGCAUCGCAGCUUGGUGCGACGCUUGGCGUUGCGAAACGCGCGCGCGAUAAGUCCAAUCCUUUUGGCAUCGAUCUCAAAGAUGGGAUUGCACGCGAUAUCCCCAUCUUUAUUCCGGAAGAGGAAGAGAAUGAGUUUGAGGAAGUGCGGCCAAAGAAGCGGCCAUACGUGCCCGGGCCGCGCCCCGAACGUCCUCUGGAUGGCCAUGGCCGUGGCGGCCGUAUUGGAGUCGCAGCACAGCAGCACAUCGUCCAGGGCCUUAUGGAAGACGGAGGCAAAUUGCGCAUAGAAGAUCCGCGGGAGGCAUUGCUGAAAUACGCGGAAAAGGCAGAAAAAGACCCGCGGUGGACUUCUGUGUACGCCAAGACGCAGCCGAAACCUAUUUUUGCAAAAGAUACGGAGAAAAGCGAAGAAUAA